CGUUUGAUUGUUGUUCUAUACUCUAUUAAAAUGUACUAGCACAUUGUUUACUAUGUACCAGAUGAAUAUAUAAAUUGGAUUAUUAGGUCGCAGUUGAUAUAUUUAUAUUCAAAUCCUUAACAAUUAUAUUACAUCAUGGCCGAAAAAGAAGAAAAUAGUAAGCUAGAUUGGAUGUAUAAGGGGGCAAAAAGUUUGAUAGAUCGUGAAGAGUAUCUUCUAGGAAAAACUAUAGAUAAAUCCCUAGAACAAUUAAACAGUGAAGAAAGAGAUAAACGAUUAGGAGUUGUUCCUCCAAAGAAUCAUGUUGAACAUGAAUGUAUACCACCCUCCAUCAGGGAUUUCAAUAAAAUCAUACAAGCUGAACAGGUUGAUUUAUUUGCGAAGCUACAGGAAGAUCCAUUAGUGGCCAUCAGGAAAUUGGAGGAAGAAGCCAGAAGACAAUUUCUUCAAAAUCCAGUACAGCUGCAAAAACUUCAAGAUGCUCUUAAAUCUCAAGAGCUGGAAAAGAAGACCAAGAAACAAAAAAAAUCUAAAAAGUAUGACUGUGAUGAACAACUGAGAAAUAAGUUAAAACUGCUGAAAAAUGGUCAGUUACCUAUAAAAUUACUUAAAAAAGAAAAGAAUGAGAAGAAAAAUGAUAAUUUGGAUACCAUUUUGAUGCACAAAUUCAAUAUGCUCAAGGACAAAUUAUCCCAAAAAGAUCUUGAUGAUAUUAUGACAGGAAAGCUUAGUGAUAGUGAAGAAGAAUCCUCGAGCAAGAAAUCAAAGAAUCAUGAUGGUGCCAACAAUAAAGAAAAGAGUCUCGAUAAAGGGUAUGAAAAAGGAAAAAUCAAAUCCAAAUACUCUGAUGACAAAAAAGGAAAAACUGCUUCAAAAUAUAAGAAUGCGAGCGAUGAAAGUGAUGAACAUGAUAGAAAAAAUGUCCAAAACAAUAGUAAGCACAGGACUAGUUUGAAGUCUCAAAGGGAGAGAAUUCGUGAAAGUACAAGCAGAAGCCCUAAAAGAAAUGAAGAAAUUGAUGCAGAAAGUAAUUCUUAUCGGAAGAAAAAUAGUGUCAGUAGGGAAUCUAGGAAGAAACGUAAUCAUAGUAGUAGUAGUAGUGAAGAUAGAAGUAGAAAGAAGGGUGGUUCAAAGUAUACUCAUGAGAGAACAAGUAGUAGUAGUAGUAGUGAUGAAGAAAGUGAUAGAUCUACCAAAAGAAAUGACAGGUCUAAGAAAAAUAGAAAUCGUAGUAGCAGUAAAGGGAGAAUUAAAAGAAAGUCCAAUAAUAAAGAUGUUUCAAAACAUCCACGCAAGAGAUCAAGCAGUAGUGAUGAAGAGAGUGACCAGUUCCAAAGAAGAAAGAACAAGCCCGGUAGAGAACCCAGGAAAAAAAGGGAUAGUAGUAACAGUAGUGAAGAGAGAGAAACAAGAAGACAUAUUUCAAAAUAUGGUCUCAAGAAAAAUAACAAUAGUAGUGAUGAAGAAGAGAGCAACAAUACUAAGAGCAACUCUAUUAGAGAACGUGAAAAAAAUCAUAGCAGAGGAGAGAGAAAGAAAAAACAAUAUAUUCAUAAGAAAAAUUAUAGCAGUAGUAGCAACUCUGAUGAAGAUGAUAGUUAUAUUGAAAAAAAGAGUAAGUCUUCCAGACGUAAAAGAAAUCGAAGAAGCAGCAGCAGUGAACAAAAUGAUACUGAUGAAGGGGAUUCACGGUCCAAUAGAAGGAAAGACAAGGAGAAUGGGAGAGAAAGAAGCAAGGCCAGUAAAGAAUCCAGAAAUGUAAGAAACUCCAGUGGUAGAAGUAAAUCUGGCUAUCAUGGCGAUGACAUCAACAAGAACAAAUAUGAUGAUAGAAAGCAGAAAAAGCAACGAAAAGAAAUAUCCGAGAAUAGUGAUUCUAGUGACAAUGAUAAGAAUGCCACAGAAACAGCCAAAAAUGUUGCAAAAGAUGAUGUAGGAAGUGAUCUGGACCGUCUAAUAUUAGAAAAACUCAGGGUGCUGAGGGAUUCUCAGCCUGUAGUCAGCAGUCACGAAGAAGCUAAACUGCAGCAGAAUAACUCACAUUCAGACAGUGAGGAUGAAGACUAUACUCCCAAAAAGAAGAUAUUUGGUUUGGUCAGGCCAGAUGGCACAAAAAUACCCCUCAACAGGACGUCUUAUGAGGUAAAGACUGAACCUGUCAAGGAAGUACAAGUGAUCAAGAAACCCGAAGUGAAGAAACCCAAAAGACUGACGGAAGAAGAAAAAGAGGAACUUCGGAAGCAAAUGAUGGCUGAUGCCUCCAAAAGAGAAGUGGAACGUAGUGCAAAUCUGAAAAGGUACAGGCAAGAGGAAGAAAGAGAACAACGGUUGUCAGAUUUUGAUAAGAAUUUUGUACACAAGGAGUUAUUGAAGUCUACCAAGAAUGCUACAAUGGAAAGUAGGUUGAAGUCGAAUUUGAACAAUAUACAAAGGUCUUCACAGCACAUGAAUUCCAAUUUUUCAAGGAGGUAAAAUACCAAUUGUUACCUAGUGGCAAUCUUCGCUGAGUUGAUAAUUUUGUACAAAUUGUAUAUUUUGUAAAUAAAUUGUAAUGACCCAAAAA